GCUCAUCGAGGCUGGCAAAAGCAAUCAAUGCACUGACAUGAAGUGGUGCAAGGAGGAGGGAAUGUUGGCAGAGAGUCGCAGCAGCAGCUCAUUGGAGCUCUGAGAGAGCGUUGAAGUGGGUGGUGGUCCAGCGAGCCCACUGGAGCGCCAUUUACUGCAAUCACUGAUUGUGGUAGAUGGGAGCUGGGUGAUAUCAGAAGGAGAAGCCAUUGAGUGGUUUCUUCUUCUCCUCUUCUGUCCCGCUCUCUACUUCUUCUGGGGGAAGUUAGAGAUGGGGACCUACGACAUCGUCGACGAUGAGGACGAUCACCCGAAGAGGACCUCGGCCUGGUACGUGCGCACCUUCGUAGGAGUCCUGCUCUUCGCCGCAGCCGUCACCGGUGCGGUCGUCGGCAUCUACAUGGUCGCACAUCCCAAGGACAAGAAGGCUGAUGACGGCGGAACCCCGUUCACCCCUUCGACUCCUGGCUCCGAUCCUUCACCCGAAGACGGCCCUGCGCCCGAUUUCGGCCCUCCUGGGUUCGCCCCCACCCCCAUUGUCAAUGACAACUACACGUUCGGCAAUGCGCUGUCGCUCUCUCUUACCUUCCUCAACAUCCAAAAAUCGGGCAAGCUUCCCUUGGACAAUCCCAUCACAUGGCGGUCGGACUCCGGCACGAGUGAUGGGAGUGACGUGAACCUCGAUUUGACGGGAGGAUUGUACGAUGCUGGUGAUCAUAUUAAAUUCGGUUUACCGAUGGCCUUCACAGCGACAAUGCUUGCCUGGAGCGUGCUCGAGUAUUCGCCGCAAAUGUCCGCCGCGAGUCCGAAUCAACUCCCCGUUGCCGUGGAUGUAAUCAAGUGGAUCACAGACUACUUGAUUAAAGCUCAUCCUGACAACGACACUUUCUACAUGCAGGUUGGUGAUCCACAAACAGAUCAUGAUUGUUGGCAGAGGGCGGAGGAUGUGACCAUCGCCCGGCCUUCAUACAAACUCGACAGCGAACACCCUGGAAGCGAUGUAGCAGGGGAAUCAGCCGCAGCAAUGGCAGCCGCAUCGCUGGUUUUCCGUCAAAAAGGUACCGCCCAUGAGGACCAGGCGUACGCAGAUCUCCUCCUCUCGCACGCCGUGGGCUUGUAUGACUUUGCGAGUGAAACUCAAGGGACCUUCUCCGACACCUUUCCAGAGAUGCAAAGGUACUACAACUCCACAGGCUUCCAGGACGAGCUCUUGUGGUCAGCCACAUGGCUCUACCACGCCACCGGAGACCAGUCUUACCUCGACCAAGUCACCGGAUCGCAGGGCGAGCUUUACGGUGCCUGGGGAAAAGCCCCUCUGUGGUUCAGCUGGGAUGACAAACGUGCUGGAGUGCAGGUUCUUCUUUCGAGGACACAACUGUUGAAGCCUAUUACGAACAACAACCUACAAGCAUCUAAGCUUCUCAGUUACAAGACUACAGCUGACAAACUGAUGUGCGCGUUGUUACCCAAUUCUCCUACGGCUUCCGCUAGGCGCACUGCAGGUGGAAUGAUCUGGGUCUCUCAAUGGAGCGCUUCAGUACAUACGGUCAAUUCUGCAUUCCUCGCUCUGGUAUACAGCGAUUAUCUUGAAGCCGGAAAAUCCUCGCUCACUUGCUCUGGUGGUAACGUUUACAAACCGAACCAGCUGCGGUGGUUCGCUUAUUCUCAGGUGGACUACCUCCUGGGAAAUAACCCAAUGAAAAUGAGCUACCUGGUCGGCUAUGGAACCAGCUACCCGAAGUUUCUGCAUCAUCGCGGUGCCUCUAUUCCGAGUGACGGAGUGAAGUACAGUUGUAAGGAUGGAUUUCAGUGGUUGAGUUCUGCAAACCCGAACCCGCAUGUGGCCUACGGAGCUCUCGUGGGAGGGCCGUUUUUCAACGAAUCGUACUCGGAUGCGAGAGAUAAUAUCCAGCAAAACGAGGCUUCCACUUACAACAGUGCAACCAUGGCGGGUCUGGUUGCCGGGCUCUCCUUCACAGCCGAAGAGGGCGUUCCGAUGACGCUGCUGUCUUAGCGUUCGAGGCCGAUUAGAAAGACAUGACAAAUCAUUGUGCGAUAACUCGACUCGACCAUUGCCGAUCAAGUCAAAGUCGGUGCACUGGAGUCGAGUUCCCACGACACCGUGGGAACACAUUGCAACUCUUACCUCCCACUUCUUAUCUAAUGAUCGGUGGUUCAGGCCAGCAUUUGGCGAUGGUUCUCUCAUACUCUUCCAAAUAAGAAGACGAUUAUGAUCAACCAGUUGGUUUGGCGUGAGGGACGUAUGGUAUGGCAGUGCCCUAUUGCUUUUUGUUGGCUCCAUCAGAUUGAAGCCUGAACUGCCACCGCGCUUUGUAAAAUAUGGAAGCUUCAUUCUUUUGACCACCAUUUUUUCUUGAAAAGGUAGGCAGGCGAGAAUCAGGAAAAAUCGUCUUGUAGUAUUGGAUAUUCAUCCACCUAUACUUGAGAUAGCAGUGUCUGAGGUCUAUAGAAAGAUUUCAUCGACGAUACACUUUUGUAUACUCCGCGAAAUUUGUACGUAUCAUGUAAACGAAGGACUAUCUUUUGACACUCUUCAAUGAAGUACCGAAAGUUUUUGUUUU